GGACAUCUGAAGACGACACGUGUUAAUCACAGCUCACGGUUUCCUCCUCCUCGUCCUUCCUAUUUCCUGUCCGAAGUUUUUGACCAGGUCCACUGCGUCCUUUACAUCCGCCACAACUCUUGACACUCAGAUAAUCACUUUCAAAAACCCUAAUCACGUAUAAAAAUUCAAAACCCUUCUUUCCUCUACAAUGCAAAAAAUAGAAACUAAAAAAUCUCCUCCAUUUUAUACCCUCUCCAACAAACAUUGCUCCUAAUCUCCUAACACCGCCAAAAUUAUAGAAAACCUCCACCUAUGAUUCCCAGGAUUUGAUGAAAGAUCAAAAUCCAAAUCCAAGAAUCCCUAAUUUUAGCUUAUCUUGAUUCCAAUUUGAAGGAACUAUACUAGGGUUCAAUGGAACAAAACCACAUCGAAUCAAAUUCCUACAAAUAUCUAAUAACAAACAAAUCAUCUUCAUGGCUCGAAAUCCGAUUAUUCUACGUAAGAGUAACUCCUUGCGUUAUCGAAAGCGUACCCGACCACCUGACCAUCCGCCAUCUCCGUCGUUCAAUCAGCACUCCACUGGAAAUAAACGGCUCUAAAAUCCCCUCCUCUGAUUCCGCCUCCUUAACCCUCCGUCGCGACCGCCUCAACAAGGAAUCAUCGGAGGUUACGUAUGUUAGCACGGACAGCGUGCGCGUCACCCGCGGGGUUGAAUUUGAAAUAUUAGAUAACAAGGACAUGGUUUUGUGUGGGUCGUUGGAGAGGAUCGAAACGACAUCGUGGGGGAAUAAUGGGGGUGUAGGGGGGUUGGAGAAUGAUGCGAAGACAGGGUGGAGUUUAGAAUGCUGUGUGGCGGCUGGUGUUUUUGAAGGGAAUUCGGUGUUUAAAUUGGGGGUUUCGGCGCCGGUGAUCGAGGUCUAUAUUGCUGGUUGCUGUGGAGGUGUGCCGGUGAUUUUGACGAAGACCAUUUUGGUUGGUCCCAUGAAGAAACCGUCCAGGUAUGCGAUGCUCGAUGCGAUUCCAGAGGAUGAGGAGUUGGAUAAUAGGAAGCAAAGCGGUGUUAUUAGUAAUGGGUUGGUUAGACAACGCAAAGUUCGGAUUACUGAAGCUGAAGAUGAUGAUGGCUAUGAAUCAGAUGAGAAAAUUGGAAGCCAAUACUACUCAGAAGACAUGUAUUAUGGUGAGGAUGGACAACUCUCGUGGUUUAAUGCUGGUGUGAGAGUUGGUGUUGGAAUUGGCCUUGGGAUGUGUCUUGGUGCUGGCAUUGGUGUUGGACUGCUCAUGCGUUCAUAUCAAGCAACUUCGAGGAAUUUUAGGAGGAGGUUUUUAAGCUUGGGAGUAGACUCUGGAGGAAAUGACGGCCUUGAUCUUCCGAUGAACCUGCAAGAGAUAUACAGGCCUGCAUGGGUUCCUGGUGGUGCGAAAAUGAGCGCCACGACUACCAGAUCUUUAGCGACAAUGUCACACCGCCGUAACACUAACACUCGUCCUCCUCCACAACAACAAAAACAACAACAACAACAACAACAACAACGUCUCCCUCUUGUUGUCACUCUCAACUGCAUCGAAGAUUGUGCCAUCGAACAAGAAUCCUUAUCCGGCGUCGCUUUAAUCGAACACGUCCCUCUCGGCCGCCUCUCCGAUGGCAAGAUCGAAUCUGCCGCUGCCGUCCUCCUCCAUUCACUCGCUUACCUACCACGCGCCGCCCAACGCCGUCUCCGUCCUUACCAGCUCAUCCUAUGCCUGGGGUCGGCUGACCGAGCUGUCGACUCCGCUCUCGCUGCCGAUUUAGGUCUCCGGCUUGUCCACGUGGACACAUCUCGAGCCGAGGAGAUCGCUGAUACGGUUAUGGCUUUGUUUCUAGGGUUGCUGCGCCGGACGCAUUUGUUGUCAAGACAUGCCUUAUCAGCUUCCGGUUGGCUUGGCUCGGUGCAGCCGCUUUGUAGAGGAAUGAGGAGGUGUAGAGGUUUGGUAUUGGGCAUUGUUGGUAGAUCUGCAUCAGCUAGAUCUCUGGCUACCAGAAGCUUAGCUUUUAAAAUGAGUGUGCUGUAUUUUGAUGUACACGAGGGGCCAGGAAAAUUAGCGAGGUCUUCUAUUACAUUUCCUUUAGCUGCUCGAAGAAUGGAUACUCUUAAUGAUUUACUUGCUGCGAGUGAUCUUAUUUCACUUCACUGUGCUUUAACUAAUGAAACUGUUCAGAUUAUCAAUGAAGAGUGCUUGCAACAUAUAAAGCCAGGGGCAUUUCUUGUGAAUACGGGCAGUAGUCAGCUGCUGGAUGAUUGUGCUUUGAAGCAACUUCUGAUUGAUGGGACCUUGGCCGGUUGUGCCCUGGAUGGUGCUGAAGGGCCACAGUGGAUGGAAGCAUGGGUAAAAGAGAUGCCCAAUGUAUUGAUACUUCCACGCAGUGCAGAUUACAGUGAAGAAGUGUGGAUGGAGAUAAGGGACAAAGCUAUCUCUAUUCUGCAGUCAUUCUUCUUUGAUGGGAUCGUACCAAAGAAUGCUGUUUCUGAUGAGGAAGGUGAAGAAAGUGAAAUAGGUGAUGAAAGUGAACCAUUUCACAGGCAAGACAAAGAAAGUACUCUGCAGGAUUCUGUUGGUGAGCAAUUGACUGAUGAUAUUCAGCUAACUCCAGAAACCUCUCGCAAAAAAGUGAGUGGUCAGUCAAUAGAAUCUACCAGCCAAGCUCAGGGUUCUGGCAUGUCUCAAAAUACAACCACAAGAUCUGAUGAAAGACGCAGCCGAUCAGGCAAGAAGGCAAAAAAAAGACAUGGCCGUCAAAAACCUCGACAGAAAUCAGACAAUCCUUCUCAAUUAGAGAAAGAAAGUACUUCACAUCAAGAAGAUGAUACUGCUAUGAGUGGCAGUGAUCAAGUGUUAAGUUCCAGUUCUCGGUUUGCUUCCCCUGAAGACUCAAGGAGUAGGAAAACACCAAUAGAAUUAAUGCAAGAAUCAAGUUCAGGCCAGCUUUCAAGAUCAGGCAAGAAGCUCAGUGGAAAGUCUGAUGAGCUGCUCAAAGAUGGGCACAUUAUAGCUUUAUAUGCAAGAGAUCGCCCUGCACUCCAUGUUUCCAGGCAAAGAUCUAAAGGAGGUGGAUGGUUCCUGGAUGCUCUGUCAAAUGUAACAAAAAGAGAUCCUGCAGCCCAGUUCCUUGUUGUUUUCAGAAACAAGGACACAAUUGGGUUGCGCUCUUUUGCUGCUGGUGGAAAGUUAUUGCAGAUUAACAGGAGAAUGGAAUUUGUUUUCACCAGUCACAGUUUUGAUGUUUGGGAGAGUUGGACGUUGGAAGGUUCUUUGGAUGAAUGCAGGCUGGUUAACUGUAGAAAUCCUUUGGCUAUUUUGGAUGCACGGAUCGAGAUUUUGGCCACCUUAGGGGAAGAUGAUGGUGUUACUCGUUGGCUAGAUUAGAUUGUGAUAGCAAGAUUUGAUAAACGUAAUCUUUUUUAUUUGCCCAUCUCAUAAUUCUUGUCAGCUUCUCAUUUUGUUUUCUCCCUAAGUUUGUUGUUUCCUCGAAACAAUUUGUAAAAAGCAUUCUUUUCUGUUUCCUUUUUCCCCCCCUUCUGGUUUUGUAAGUUCUCAGUUAUAUAUGCAUCCAUUACCCGUGGGAUGUAUGGCCCUCUUGCUGAAAUGAAUGUACUUUAUAAUUUAUGAGAACUGUCCAUUGCUUCGUCAAAUGGAUCGUUGUUUCUACCUUGAUGAAUUAAUGAAAUUCCAUUUCAGUGACCA